GCCGACAGGUGGAAAUGUACGGAUAAUGGCGGGACGUUGAGUUAAUCUGGACUGGAACGAGACUCGUGUUGCAACAUGCGUGUCUCAGAAGACUCAUGGACUUUGCAGGGAUCAGCAGUGAGUCAUGGUGAAAAACUUCCCUCCCUCCUCCCUCUCCCUCCUCCCUGAAGCCCCACUUCCACCAUAAAGUCUGUUUGCGGGGUCUCGCUCACUGACGGACAGCACGGGAGCUUCUGUUGGACCAAUUACCGGGCCCGUCUGUGCGCGCUGCCCCGCUGAGGGGUGUUUACUGGGCGGCCUCUGAGAGUCAGUCAGCCCGAUAGACAGAUCCGCAGACAGACCGUUGCAGCACCGACACAGCAACACACACCGACAAGAUCGCAAUGGGCUCGUCUUGGCCUUUAGUCUGUCCCACCGUGCUGCUCUGGGUUUUACUGAGCUCAGCAUCCACAGGCUUCGUUGAGCAGCGUGAAGUCACUUUUGACCUUGACCAAAAAGGAAUGGAAGAAGCCCUUCUGCAGAAAGAGGUGGAUUGGGCAGAAUUCUUCGAUCCCAAAGGGGGUUCCAGACCAGGACCAAGAGGACAUCAACCAAAUGUUCAGCCCCGUUCCUUUGGUGGCCUGCCUAUUCUGAACUACCCUGUUCAGUUUCCCCUCAGCCGCCCGACCCUUGAGAAUCUCCAAGCCAUCUGUCUCCACGGAAACCAUCGUCCUCGCUACCCAGUCUCUUACUUUCCUGCCUCUGGUUAUGGUCAGCAGAGGAGAAGGGCCAAAGCGGUCAACAAGGCAGAGUCCUGGUUUAGCACAUGCUGCGCAGGGAACCAGACAUGGGCGAGGGAAGUGACUCUGUGUUGCGCCACACAGGCAUGGGAGCUUUCAGUCAAAUCCUUCUGUAAGGAAGACUCAUCGGUGAAGGAUCGUUUGUAUCAAUGCUGCAGACAAAGAGGCAGAGAGUUGUUCAAUUGCUUCAACAAUGACUCUCCAAACCCAAACUACGAACCAACAGAGGAGAUCCCAGUGCAACUGCUGCCCUCUACUGCCAACUUCACUUUUGACCCCAAAACUUGCCCGAGCCUCUUACUUUACAGGACAAUGAUUACUCCACACAGUGUCAGAGGAAAGAAGAAGAUGACACCAUCUACAUCACAGAAAGUGGACAUCAACUUUCCUCCUGGACGACCCACUGCAGAUUCUAUUGAGUCACUGUGUCGCGACCAGGCCCUUCGUCCCCGCUACAGUGUAAAGUGCCUGCCAGGUACAGGCUACGAGUUGCUGUCUCGUCAGGCAAAGACCAUCAAUCGAAUGGAGAAGGGAUUCAAACAUUGCUGCAAAAAGAAGCAGGACUUCCUCAACUGUGCUGAACAGAAGUGGAGUGAGGAGCUUAACAAGUUUUGCUCGGUUAAGAAAGGUGGAAAGGUGGAUUUCCAUUGUUGUUCAGGUGAAGACGCAAAUGAUCGACUGAACUGCUUCCAAAACAUUUCUCCUGACCCUCAUUAUAAUAUGACUUCUGAGGAGCUCUCACUCAACAGAAUCUGCGACACUGAGAAGAUCAUCAAGAAGAAGUUCCCUGUUGGUUUUCCUCUCAAAAGCUUUGUUGAGCAAUGCUGCCCCCUGUCUGAACAAGAGAAGACCAUUUGUUCUUUGCAAAAGCUUGAGGAAGUGUCAGCAUCCUUGUGUUUAUUGGGCAAGGCCUCUUCUCCAGCUGCCCGCCGCUGCUGCCGCAAAUCUUCACAAGAGACUCCCGACUGUAUAUCCAAAAUUCUCAUGGACGCCAUCACCAAAGCAACCAAGGUCUUACGUCAGAAGAAGAAGAAAAGGUGCCCAAUCUCCUAAAUUCUUUUGAUCCUUUGCUGCUGCGCAUACUGGCACCUGGCCAUUAGGGGAAAGGUAAAGCUCGAAGCAGAGGUAUCAUUCAGUCCCUAAACAGGAAAACUGUUGCAGAACAAAUUAUACUUAGUCACUUCUGUGAGAUCGAAAGAAUACACACAAUGUGGACCAAAUUAUAGCUUCAUCUGCUUUUGUCUGUGAUCACAUCUCAUUGUUUGUGUAUAAACAGAUUUAUUAAUAAAUGCAUAGCUCAUAAAAUGGAUGUUGUUACACAUGUGUUCCCUUUACCACUGUUUAUAUUUGUUUCUUUUUACAACAUUGCAUUUUCUUGAUUCUUUGGAGCUGCAAGAUCAGUUCUCUCCUUUUUGUUGUCGUGGUUAGUAUCCUAUCUACAACAGUCCUAAUAAAACAUUUUUAAAA